UCGUAUGGAGCGCCACACGCACGUGGUUUGGAAUUUUGUAGCUAAAUUCAUUAUUUUCCCGUCAAAAACUCUUCAUACGAGAUAAAGAAUUGAUAGCCAAGUGACUUGUUCAGCAGAAUGAAUCAAGAAGAAACUAGGAGGUUUCAUGGCAGAAAUGUCCAACACUUGAGUCGGAUGGCCAGUUAUUAUUCACAUAUGAGUCCCGCUGUUUCACGAUUUUUCAUGUCAAGUGCUAAUGAAAUUGUGCAGAAGAAGAGUGCCCCAUCGAGUGAUUCAGGUACCAGCUUCUGUCCUCAUUGUGGCAGCAUUUAUGAUGCUGAGAAUCACACAGUGAGGAUUUUACCGAAGAUGAAGCAGACCAAGACUGUCAAACGCCUGUUGAAGAAACAGAAGUUGGGCGGCCAGUUUGCAUUGGAUUCGAACGAGAGACAUCUCCUUGAUGAUUAUGCCAGCAGCAGGUCACAGAUAUCAAUAACCUGCAAGAUCUGCCAUCAACGCCAUCUUGUCGAGUGUCUUAAGAGACCACCAAAGCCUGUAAUUGAGGAGGCAACACCAGAAGUCAAGAAAAAAAAGAAGAAGAAAAGGAAGAAGGAUGUGACUUGCGGUAUAAUCAUCUCGACACCAAAGUCCCAACCAGGCAGUGAAACAUCUUCACCCAGUCUGUUGUACAGUUCUUUUGCCAAAACUCCUACCUCAGACGCCUUCACAUCCCAGCCAAGAUGUUCAAAGCCAACACCUACAGCAGCAAGGGAAAAACCUAGUCAGAAAGACAUACCAGUUCUAUUACAACUGGGACCCAGCUCAGUGGCUGCUAGAACACCGGGAGGCAGAGACAGGACAUCUGUGACACCAAAAUCUGGCUUUACUAAGCCGUCGCCAUCAUCUGUAGCUAGAACAACUCCAGGUCAACAUUUAGUCUCAUCUGGGAAGAAAAAGACAAAGAUGAAGCAUACUCAGCUGCAGCAUAUUCUUAACCAGGAGAAGAAGAAGAACGCUUCGUCUUCGUCAUCUCUCCAUAACUUCCUGUCUAGCUUGUGAUGAGAAGUCUUCACCUCUCCAGAACUUCUUGUUUAGAUUGUGAUGUGAAGACUUGAUCUCUCCAUGAUAUCUCGUCUCUAUUUAUACCGUACAUGUAAUUGAGUUAUGAAUACUUGUACCUUGUAUGAAUCAAUAUAUAUUUGUAA